AUGAAGAGAAAAGCCGACGAGACCGCGACAGCGCCCGAGAGCGAGAAGCGCGCAAAGACGGAAACCUCUACACCCGAAUUGUCCUUCUCCGAUCUAGGCCUCGACACUCGAUUGGUACAGGCUGUCGCCGCCGAGAGCUUCAAGGACCCUACCCCGGUGCAACAGAAGGCUAUUCCAUUGGCGUUGGACGGCAAAGAUGUCGCCGCGAAGGCUCCCACAGGUUCCGGAAAGACGGCUGCUUACGUCUUGCCUGUGCUUUCGAGCAUUCUGAAGCGCAAAGCUACCGAUUCUUCACCCGCUACGACCGCCCUGAUCCUCGUUCCGACCCGUGAGCUUGCCGACCAAGUUCUCAAAGCGAUCGAACAGUUCUCAGCAUACUGCGCGAAAGACAUCCACGCAGUCAAGCUUGUCGACAAGAUCUCCGAUGCGGUUCAGCGUUCCCUCCUCUCAAACUUCCCCGACGUCGUCGUCUCUACCCCCGCUACCGCAUGGCGUAACAUCACCUCCGAAGCGCUGUCUCUCGAUAGCCUGACAUGCUUGGUUCUCGACGAGGCCGAUCUCAUCCUGUCAUACGGCUACGAUGAAGACCUCGAGAACAUCGCGCGAAAGCUUCCCAAGGGCGUCCAGCUCUUGCUGAUGAGCGCGACGCUGUCUACAGAUGUUACCGCCCUCGGAGGAAUCUUCGGACGCAAGCCUACAAUCUUGGAUCUCGAUGAGGAGGAAACAGAGAGCGACAAUCUUUCACAAUUCGUUGUCAGCUGCGGAGAAGACGAGAAGUUCCUGUUGGCAUUCAUCAUCUUCAAACUGAAGCUUGUCAAGGGCAAAUGUCUCAUCUUCGUCAACGACGUUGACCGUUCAUACCGCCUGAAGCUGUUCCUCGAGCAGUUCCAGGUCCGCAGCUGUAUCUUGAACUCGGAGUUGCCCGUCACAUCGAGAGCGCACGUGCUGGAGGAGUUCAACCGUGGAGUCUACGAGAUCAUCAUCGCGUCCGACGAGAAGAGCGCAAUGGGCGCCGAGGAGAAGGAUGGCGAAGAAGGGGAGGCGUCAGAGCCAAAGAAGGACUCCAAGAAGAAGCGGAAGUCGAAGCGGGACGCAGAGUUCGGCGUUUCACGGGGUAUCGACUUCAAGAAUGUGGCUGCUGUGGUUAACUUCGACCUGCCGACAUCAGCAUCAUCAUACACACAUCGCAUUGGCCGUACAGCGCGCGCUGGCCGGACAGGCAUGGCACUGUCAUUCUACGUUCCUCAAGAGCUGUACCGCAAGCACGUGCCCACGAGCAUAGAAACCGCGGAGAACGAUGAGAAGAUCCUCGCCAGGAUCAAGAAGCAACAGGCGAAGCUGGGCAAGGAGGUGAAGCCUUACAACUUCAAGAAGGAGCAUCUGGAUGCAUUCAGGUAUCGUCUGGAUGACGCCUUGAGAGCGGUAACCAAGGUUGCAGUUCGCGAGGCGCGUAUGAGAGAACUGAAGCAGGAGAUUCUCAAGAGCGAGAAGUUGAAGAGAUACUUUGAGGAGAACCCGACAGAGUUGCAGCACCUCAGACAUGACGGAGAGUUGAGAACAGCCAGGCAGCAGCCUCAUCUGCGGCACGUACCCGAAUACCUGCUGCCCAAGGAAGGCAAGGAAUCGCUCACGAAGAAUGACAUCGGUAUGGUGCCGUUCCGAAAGAUUGGUGGAAAGCAGAGGAGGAAUAAGAGCAAGCCCGGUAAAGGCAAGAAGGUGGGAACGAGAAAAGUCAAUCCUCUGAAAACUUUCAAGGCACGGAGAAAAUGA